AUGGCCUUCCAUGAACAGUUCUAUAGAAUAGAACCAGAGAUGACUAUUAAUGAUCUGGUUGAAGUCAAACAAUGCGAACAUGAGUCUACAGAGGACUUCAUGAUGAGGUUCAGGAAAACAAAGAUGAGAUGCCAAUUCCCCAUCAACCAAGCUCAGCUCAUAUCAAUCGCCCAAAGGGCUCUGAGGUUACCUUUGAGGAAUAGGUUAUAUGAUACGCAAUUCAAUGAGUUGCAAGAAUUGGUAAUCGCUGCAACAAAGUAUGAAAGGCUACUGCUAGAAGAACAACAAGUGAAGCACACUUCUAAGGCUCCUCAUUUUUACAAAAACAAAGCGGCGAUUCAUCAUGUGGAGAUAGAAGAGACACGGCUAGAGCAUGAAGAUGGUCAUGAUAGGGAGGAAAUUGAUCCUCCCAAGUACCAGAGUUAUUCCUUUGACUUGGCCAAAGCUCCUGAGAUCUAUGAGGAACUGGUGCGGGCAAGAGUAAUUUUGCCCGACAGUACUAAAAAGAUGCCCAAGCCAGAAGAGCUAAGAGGGAAGAAAUAUUGCAAGUUACACUAUACCUACAAUCAUUCCAUAGCCAAUUGUGACCAGUUCAGAGAUUGGAUACAAGACUUUAUAGUGAAGGGAAAGUUAUUGCUGGAUAAACCCCAAGCCAGUAUGAUCGUUGACACAAACCCUUUCCCGGAAGCCUCUAUCAACAUGGUCAACCUGAUUUUGGUAGAAAAGCCAGGGUCAUCAUUUGUCAUAAAAGAAGAAGGAGAUAGAUCCCAGGUUGCCUCAACACCCCCGCUUAAAUAA